AGCUGCAGCUGACGGUGGCCGCCUCGCCUCCCAAGCACUUCCCAGCAGUCAUGGAAAAAACUUCUACAGAUGCAUUUCCUUCUACUAUGAAUUCUUCAGAAAAGCAAGAGACUGUAUGUAUUUUUGGAACUGGAGAUUUUGGAAGAUCACUGGCACUUAAAAUGCUCCAGUGUGAUUACUCUAUUGUUUUUGGAAGUAGAAACCCGCUAAGGUCCAGUUUGCUGCCCAACGGUGCAGAGGUCUUGAGCUAUUCAGAAGCAGCCCAGAAAUCAGACAUCAUAAUCUUAGCAGUCCACAGAGAGCAUUAUGAGUUUCUCAAGGAACUAACUGAGGUGCUCAAAGGAAAAAUAUUGGUUGACAUCAGCAACAACCUCAAAAUCAAUCAGUAUCCAGAAUCUAAUGCAGAGUACCUUGCUCAGUUGGUGCCAGGAGCCCACGUAGUCAAAGCAUUUAACACCAUCUCAGCCUGGGCUCUCCAGUCCGGAGCACUGGAUGCAAAUCGGCAGGUGUUUGUCUGCGGAAAUGAUAGCAAAGCCAAGCAAAGAGUGAUGGAUAUUGUUCGUACUCUUGGACUUACUCCACUGGAUCAAGGAUCUCUCAUGGCAGCCAAAGAAAUUGAAAACUACCCCCUGCAACUAUUUCCAAUGUGGAAGUUCCCCUUCUAUUUGUCUGCUAUUCUGUGUGUCUUCUUCUUUUUCUACUGUAUUAUAAGAGACAUAAUCUACCCUUAUGUUAAUGGCAAGAAAGAUAGCACAUUUCGCUUGGCUAUUUCCAUUCCAAAUCGUAUCUUUCCAAUAGCAGCACUUACAUUGCUUGCCUUGGUUUACCUCCCUGGUGUUAUUGCUGCAAUUCUGCAACUGUACCGAGGUACAAAAUACCGCCGAUUCCCAGACUGGCUUGACCACUGGAUGCUUUGCAGAAAGCAGCUUGGCUUAGUAGCACUGGGAUUUGCCUUCCUUCAUGUCCUCUACACACUUGUGAUUCCUAUUCGUUAUUAUGUACGAUGGACACUGAAAAACAGAACCAUUACCCAGGCAAAAGCCAAGACAGAAGAUCCAUUUAGCACCUCUACUGCCUGGCUUAAUGAUUCAUACAUAGCUUUGGGAAUCCUUGGAUUUUUCCUGUUUGUACUCUUGGGAAUCACUUCCUUGCCAUCAGUUAGCAACAUGGUCAACUGGAGAGAGUUCCGAUUUGUCCAGUCCAAACUGGGUUAUUUGACCUUGAUCUUGUGCACAGCCCACACCAUGGUGUAUGGCGGAAAGAGAUUCCUCAGUCCUUCGAGUCUCAGAUGGUAUCUUCCUUCAGCCUACGUGAUAGCGCUCAUCAUUCCCUGCACCGUGCUGGUGAUCAAGUUCAUCCUCAUCCUGCCAUGUAUAGACAAGACCCUUGCACGAAUCCGCCAGGGCUGGGAAAGGAACUCAAAACAGACAUCAAAUGGACAACAUUUGAAGCAAAGUUCAAUUUACCUGGACUCUCAACUAUAGUAUUGUAUAUUUAGGGAAGACUACAUAAUGGGCACAGUUAAGAAAGCAUUUUUCUCCCACCUUGGCCUGAAGUUUGUUAACAGAGAAGGAAAUGUUGCCUGACUUUGAGAAAUUGACAGAUAGGAAUAGAACACCAUUUAAUCUCAGGUUAGUGAUGAACCUAUGUAGGUUCCUGCCUCUCUUCUUCCCAGAGGCAGCAGGCUGAGGUCACACUGAGUUUUGUGGCUUCACACUAAAACAUUUUUUUGUUAUGGGCAACAUGCAUGACCUAAUGUCUUGCAAAAUCCAGGGGAAAUACAUGCAACUUCCUUCUCUGGUUCAAGGGCUGAGUGCAAUGAAAAAGAAAACAGUAAGAUGGUGGCCACUGAUAAAGUCUUUCUGAGGUAUGUCUGAAAAAGGGGGACAAAUGAAGUAAAAGGAAUGAAAAUUUUUCUUACUGUUCUUUUUAAAUGAAGGAGAUCCUAAGUAUCGCCAUAGUGAAUUCUAUAGUUAAAUGUGCUCUUUGAUUUUGCUUUUGCCAACAUGGAUGUGUACUGUGGAGAACUAUUUUAUAACACAACAAAAAUAUCACCAUUGAUGGGAAGUAACCAUGGGUUGAAUACAUGCAAAUCUAUUACCAUUGUCAUAAGAUUCUUCCUCUACAAGGAAUACGUGUAGGGAAGAUUGAGUUCAAAUUGAGAGAUAUCCACUGGAUUUUUUCAAUAUAUAAUAAGCAAGGAAGGGUUGAUAAAAGCCCUUGCACAAUAAGGUGAAAUAAGCCAGAAUUUUAGAUAGCAAGCUAAAUAAAUUUUGGAAAGUUGCACUACACAAGGUUUGUAUGAUUAAGGUAUUAUGGUAUGCUUUGUGAAUAGUAUAUUCCAAAUAUUGUUCAAUACUAAUCAUUUACGAAGUGGAUUUCUAGUAUAAAAAAGUAGCUUCUAUAAUUUUUCAGAGCUUAUUUUAAUUUUAAGCAGUGAAAUUAAAUGAAUAAUGAAAGUAUAAGUUUGACCAAGGCAUAGAUGAGAGAGAAUUAUGUAAAAUCUUAGGUAGAAAGGUGUGAACAGUAGCUGAAAUAUGAGACAUGCUUCUUUCUCAAAUCUUUGCUGGAAUGCAGGAUGGUUUUCUCUGUUUUUCCUGUGCUGAUAUUGCCAUUAGCCUUCCUGGCUCAUGCAUGGAGCUGAAAGAGCCUCGUGCACCCUCUUCCCACAAACUGAAAUAACCAAAAGGCCUUGAGACUGACAUUUUUCUGCCUGCUCUAUAAAGGCCAUCUAUUUUUCUUUUUUUUUUAACCUUUAUUAUCAUAUAUUCUAUGUGAUACAAAAUGAUUAAAAUA